AGAAGAUCACGGUAACCAUUCAACCCUCAAACCGCCUCUCACACCUACUCUUUCUCGAAACGCCGUUGCUGCCAAGUCACCAACCUCCAACCUCCAACAUGACGUCGCCGCCCCUACCCAGUUUCGUCUCGUUCACAAACACGUGGCACAACAAGCCUUACGCAUUCAUCUCGCCCACGCGUCCAGAACUAUCGGCAGCCGGCAAGAAUGUGGUAAUCACAGGCGGAGGCACAGGGAUCGGGAAAGCCAUUGCCAUCGCCUUUGCCCAGGCUGGCGCCAAAUCUGUCGCCAUUAUUGGUCGUCGACUCGAUCGCCUCGAAACUGCUGCGGACGCGGUCAAGGCAGCUGGCACUUUGACUCAGGUUAUCGUGGAAACCGGCGAUGUCACGAAGAUCGAUUCCAUCAGGACAGCCCUAAACAACGUCGUGGAUAAGGCGGGCAAAAUCGACAUCUUUGCUUCUAAUGCUGGUACACUCCCCGAAGAAGCUCCGGUUUAUGGCUACAGCGAGGCCCAGUUGCGGCUCGGCUUCGAGAUUAACGUCAUGGGCGCUUUCAACUCUCUACAAGCAUUUCUUCCGCUGGCGGCCCCCGGCGCCAAGCUCUUCAAUACAGGGUCCGGCAUUGGACACUGGGCGCCGCUUCCAGAAGUUCCAGGAGUAUUUAGUUAUGCGGCAACGAAAGCUGCUACACUGAAGAUGUUUGACUACUUUGCUUCCGAGAACCCCGACAUUCACGUCGUGAGUAUCCAACCGGGCAUCAUUGCCACGGAGAUUAACCCGAAUAUCACUACUGGGUUUGAUACAGUCGAACUGCCUGCUGAGUUUCUUGUUUGGCUUGCGUCAGAAGAAGCCGCAUUUCUCAAGGGCAAAUUUGUCUGGGCCAAUUGGGACGCGCAAGAGCUUAUGGCUCGAGCAGAAGAGAUUCAAAGUUCGAUGCUACUGAGGGUCACUCUGAGUGGUGUCGAGAUGUGA